CAUCAUCUUCUCCAGCACACUGUCGUCUGUUUCUCCCACUCUGCUUUAUGCGCUUUCCUUUUUGGACGCCACAGAACUUCCCUCGCUUUUCCUUUCUGCAGCUGAGCUUCCCCUCUCCAAUAAACCCUAGCGCUGUUGCAUCCUCUACCGCUCCGCUAGAUCUACAGCAUUUGCUUACUCCGUCAUCCGGAACUCGCCGGAGUGGCCGUGCUGCUCUCUCACCAUCCGCACUGCCGGUUUCACCUCGCAGCUCGGCCAUCUCGCUCGGAUCGUGCAGAGCACCCCCCGUGUUCACCUGCAGGUGCCGCGUCCUGCUUGAGAUCCGCGUGCGGUGGUCUCUCCCGAAGCUCUGAGGUUGUAGUCGCAAGUGUGAGUAGCGGGAUGCGUGUGGUUUCUGCUGAACUACUCUGUUUGGUAGCUGUAGCUGAGACCUUGUGCCGCGAAUCUUCUCCUCAUUUACUUGCUCCAGCUUGUCAUAUGGAGGAUCCGGAUGUGCAAUCAGGUGAUGAUCCGGGGGAAAUCCUCUUAAAUUCGGUUAAACAGUCCCCUGUUGCUCCUUCCGACACCCCGAAAUCGGCCACGAAGGCUACGAGACCUGUCGCCAUAGAAACUGCUCGGUUUGCUAGGCCUACCUUUUCCAGCAGGAACAAGAUGGACCUGAAAAGUGAUUCGGAAUCGGUCUCCAGCGUAAGCAAAUCCACCGUGACUGCAUCGGCCAAAACUUCGUGUUUAGCUGCAGCCACCAGAAGGAACAGCACGGGGGGUUUGUCCCAGAAGACGCCUUCACAGAACAGUGCGGGUGCAGCUUCAGGGAAGAAGUUCACCACGCCUUCGGCCUCAGACCCAGUAAGGCGCUCCCUCCCGGAAAUCAGGAGGGCAUCUUUGCCUGCUGGAACAACCAAACCGGCAGCAACCAGAGCAAGUGCCUCAGAUAUCAAGAAGACGGGGGCAGCUGAUUCUCCAGGGGGAAGGGGUGUGAGGACACCGACUGCAUCUGAUGGAACAAAGCAAGAACCUCUCAAGAAAUCUGCAGUCAAGCCAGCGGUGCCAACUCUGUCUUCUUCUUCGAGGAAAGGUGCUUCUACUUCUUUGGACAGUGUUAGGAGCAGUGGGACUAGGAAGGUGGUUUCCACAGUCUCCUCCCCAUCAGCUCGAUCACCUUCUGUUUCUAGCGGACUCAGAACGUCUUCUCUGUCAUCAUCAGUCAAUAGGAGCGCUAAUUUAUCUGGGCGGAAGAAAACUAUGACUCCAGACAGUAAGGACUCAAAGUUCAUGAUGCUUCCACAGGUUGAGAUUAAAGCAAGUGAUGAAGUGAGGUUGGAUCUAAGGGGCCACAGAGUUAGAACUCUCAAUGCCAGCGGCUUGAAUUUGUCACCAAAUUUAGAGUUUGUUUAUCUCAGGGACAAUCUCUUGUCCACGCUUGAAGGGAUUGAGAUACUAAGUCGAGUCAAGGUUCUGGAUUUGAGUUUCAAUGAUUUUAAAGGGCCUGGUUUUGAACCUCUUGAGAAUUGCAAGGCCUUACAGCAACUAUAUCUUGCUGGAAAUCAAAUAACUUCACUAGCAAGCCUUCCUCAGCUUCCCAAUUUGGAGUUUCUCUCUGUUGCUCAAAACAAGCUCAAGUCUCUGGCAAUGGCAAGCCAACCAAGACUGCAGGUUUUAGCUGCCAGCAAAAAUAAAAUUUCCACCCUGAAGGGAUUUCCGCAUUUACCUUCACUUGAGCAUCUACGAGUCGAGGAGAACCCUAUACUGAAAAUGCCUCAUCUGGAAGCAGCUUCUAUUUUACUUGUUGGUCCAACACUUAAAAAGUUCAAUGAUAGAGAUCUGUUGAGGGAGGAGUUGGCACUUGCAAAACGUUAUCCAACACAUGCUGCUUUGUGCAUUAGAGAUGGUUGGGAGUUUUGCCGUCCUGAUCAAGCGGCAGAAUCGACAUUUCGAUUUUUAGUUGAGCAGUGGAAGGAUAAGUUUCCUCCAGGGUAUCUGCUCAAAGAAGCUUCUAUUGAUAAACCAUUUGAGGAGGAUGCUUGUGCCUGCCAUUUCAACUUCGUUCAAGACAGUACUUUGAGUCUUGAUCCUCAGUUGAUCUUGAAGUAUCAAUGGUUUAUUGGAGAGAGAACACCUUCAAAUUUUACUGCUAUUCCGGAUGCCACUGGGGAGGUGUACUGGCCAAGGAAUGAGGACAUCGGUAAAAUUUUGAAAGUGCAAUGUACGCCCAUCUUGGGAGAAAUUGAAUACCUCCCAGUUUUUGCUAUAUCUUCACCAGUCUCACCAGGAACUAAAAUUCCAAAGGUUGUGAGCCUCGAAGUGCAAGGUGAACUUGUAGAAGGAAAUACCAUAAAGGGCCAUGCAAAAGUUGCUUGGUGUGGUGGAACUCCAGGAAAAGGUGUUGCUAGUUGGUUGAGAAGGAGAUGGAACAGCAGUCCGGUAGUAAUUGUUGGAGCUGAAGAUGAGGGGUAUCAGUUGUCUAUGGAUGACAUUGACACAAGUUUGGUUUUUAUGUACACACCAGUAACAGAAGAAGGUGCCAAAGGAGAACCUCAGUAUAAAUACACUGACUUCAUAAAAGCAGCUCCUCCAUCAGUCAACAAUGUCCGGAUCAUUGGAGAUAUUGUCGAAGGAAAUACCAUCAAAGGAGUUGGGGACUACUUUGGAGGAAAAGAAGGUCCAAGCAAAUUUGAAUGGCAGCGGGAAAAUGGGGAAACUGGAGAUUUCACAACAGUGUCCAGAGGAACAUCAGAAUACACGUUAACUAAAGAAGAUGUUGGGCGAAGAAUAUUAUUCGUAUAUGUUCCUAUCAACUUUGAGGGGCAGGAAGGUGAACCAGUGUCAUUGGUGUCUCAGAUAGUGAAACAAGCCCCUCCAAAAGUUACAAAUGUUAAAAUAAUUGGUGAUCUGAGGGAAAACAGUAAAAUAACUGUUACGGGCAAUGUUACUGGAGGAACUGAAGGUUCAAGCAGGGUGCAGUGGUUUAAGACAAAUUCUUCAAUUCUAAAUGGUGAGAAUGGUCUUGAAGCCCUGACCAGCUCCAAAAUUGCAAAGGCCUUCCGCAUUCCUUUAGGAGCUGUGGGUCACUACCUUGUUGCAAAGUAUAUACCCAUGACUCCGGAUGGGGAAUCUGGCGAACCAGCAUAUGUUAUCUCUGAAAGAGCUGUUGAGAAUCUUCCCCCUAGCCUAAACUUUCUGUCCAUUACUGGGGAGUAUGCGGAAGGAGGAAUUCUGACAGCGUCAUAUGGCUACAUUGGGGGACAUGAAGGAAAAAGUAUCUAUAAUUGGUGCCUUCAUGAGGUUGAAACUGAACCUGGUGUUUUGAUUAGUGGAGUUUCAGGGCUUCUUCAGUAUCGCAUUACCAAAGAUGCAAUUGGCAAGUUUGUCUCAUUUCAGUGUACCCCAGUACGUGAUGAUGGGACUGUAGGUGAGCCAAGGACUUCCAUGGGACAAGAACGUAUACGCCCUGGAAGCCCAAGAUUGCUUUCACUGCAAAUAAUUGGGAAUCUGGUUGAAGGAACAACACUAUAUGUUGACAAAAAUUACUGGGGUGGUGAAGAAGGAGAGUCAAUUUUUCAAUGGUUCCGGGCUGGUCCAGAUGGCUCACAAUGCGAGAUUAGAGGUGCUACGACUGCAUCAUACACACUAUCAUAUGAUGAGAUUGGCUGUUUUAUCUCUGUUUCUUGUGAACCCAUCAGAAGUGACUGGGCUCGUGGUCCAGUCGUUCUCUCUGAGCAAAUUGGACCAGUAAUACCUGGACCUCCCACAUGUCAUUCCCUAGAGUUUCUAGGAUCAAUAGUCGAAGGACAACGCAUAAGUUUCGUUGCUUCCUACGGUGGAGGGGAAAGAGGGGAGUGCUUGUAUGAGUGGUUUCGGGUGAAAAGUAAUGGCGCCAAGGAGAGAAUAAGCACUGAAGAAUUUAUUGAUCUGAGCUUUGACGAUGUGGGGAGGCACAUCGAACUUGUUUACACCCCAGUGCGCAGUGAUGGAAUAUUUGGGAGUCCUGUGAGCAUUAUAUCUGAAACUGUAGCUCCUGCGGAUCCUCUAGGACUACAACUGGUAGUUCCUGAUUGCUGCGAGAAUGAGGAAGUAGUCCCACAAAAAAAGUACUUUGGCGGGUUGGAAGGUACUGGGGACUAUACAUGGUUCAAGGUGAAAAAUAAGCUGUAUGAAUCGGAACUCAUGGAGGUUUUAACUGAUCCUGAUGGUGUUCUCAUACGUGGUAAAACAAUGACAUACACUCCUGUACUCGAGGAUGUUGGAAAAUACUUGGCCUUUUGUUGGGUACCUACUCGCGCAGAUGGCAAACAAGGAAAGCCCUUAAUUGCGAUUUCCAACUCUCCUGUUAGCCCAGCACUUCCUGUUGUUACCAAUGUUCAUGCAAAGAAAUUAUCCUUGGGUGUUUAUUCUGGAGAUGGAGAAUAUUUUGGUGGAUAUGAGGGGUCAAGUCUCUUCAGUUGGUACAGAGAAGAUUCGGAGGGAACUAUUGUUCUUAUCAAUGGGGCCAAUACCAAAACCUAUGAAGUUACAGAAUCAGAUUACAAUUGCCGUUUGUUGUUUGGGUACAUGCCAGUUCGAUCAGAUUCUGUUGUUGGUGAGCUCAAAUUAUCUGGCCCCAUGGAAACCAUCUUCCCUGAGGAACUGCAAGUAAAUAUGCUUGCCCUCACUGGAAAGGCUAUUGAACGUGAUGUGCUCACUGCUGUUGAAGUGAUCCCCGAAAGUGAAAUGCAAAAGCACGUUUGGGGCAAGUACAAGAAGGAUGUCAAAUACCAAUGGUUCUGCUCAUCAGAGGAAGGAAAUAAAGAACCCUUUGAACCUUUAGCUUCACAGACUUCCUGCUCCUACAAGGUGCGACUCGAAGAUGUUGGUCGAUGCCUCAGAUGUGAAUGCAUUGUGACGGAUGUAUUUGGAAGGUCAACUGAACCAGUGUAUGCUGAGACUGCUCCAGUUCUUCCAGGUAUUCCUAGAAUAGAUAAGCUGGAGAUUGAAGGUAGAGGUUUCCAUACCAACUUAUAUGCCGUCCGUGGAGUUUAUAGUGGUGGAAAGGAAGGAAAAAGUAGGAUUCAGUGGCUUCGGGCUAUGAUUGGAAGCCCUGAUCUUAUCUCUAUACCAGGAGAGACUGGAACGAUGUAUGAAGCUAAUGUUGAUGAUGUCGGAUACAGGUUAGUGGCAAUUUACACUCCUGAAAGAGAGGAUGGAGUUGAAGGGCCCCCAGUGUCUGCAUCAACAGAGCCAAUUGCAGUUGAGCCCGAUGUUCUCAAAGAGGUGAAACAGAAGCUUGAACUUGGAGCAGUGAAGUUUGAGCAGGUACUGUGCGACAAGGAUCGGUCUACAAAAAAGACUCCCGGUUCUGGAACCCUUGAGAGAAGGAUAUUAGAGAUCAACAGGAAACGAGUUAAAGUUGUGAAGCCGGGCUCAAAGACUUCCUUCCCAACUACAGAAAUUCGUGGAAGCUACGCUCCUCCAUUUCAUGUGGAGACCUUCAGGAACGACCAGCACAGGCUGAGGAUAGUCGUGGACAGCGAUAAUGAAGUGGACCUGAUUGUGCAGUCGAAGCACUUGCGGGAUGUGGUUGUCCUCGUGAUCCGAGGACUUGCACAGCGUUUCAACAGCACAUCCCUCAACUCCCUCCUCAAGAUAGAGACCUAAAAACAAGCUCGCUCAACUAUAUAUUACUCUCAGUUUGCGAUUUUACAUGUACAGUUCUGUCCGUUCUGGUGCGUAUGUUGUUCAGUCACUAAGCUUUAUUGAGUUGAGUUCAUGGCAAGUGGUAAGCUUUUCUUCCCCCACUGCCCUCAAAUCAUCAUUGAUUGGCGUUGGGGUUAUUUGUUUCAAGUGAAAAUUGAUGCACGGUAUAUAACUCGUCUGUAAUCUCGGGCUAUUGGCCUAUUACCGGUUUAGUAACAUUGCGGAUGUGUCAUAAUUACGGAUUUCCAACUC